GCUCCGUCCCAGCCCGCGCGCUCCUCACAAGCCCAGCCCGGGCGAGCGGCAGCCACCUGCCCGGCGCCGCCUCAGCGCGCCCCGCCGCGGCCCAACUUGGAUGGAGUUGGGGUCCUGAGCGCACACCCUGCCGCCUUCAGCCCGGAGCCCCGCGCCGCCGCCUGCCUUCGGUCCGAAAUCCCCUCUCCGCUCCUCUCCGCUCCCGCGAUGGGAAAAGUUGGCGCCGGCGGCGGCUUCCUGGUCAGGCUGAGCGCGCUCCUGGCGGGCACGGGGCUUCUGGUGCUUUUAGCCCCCGGCGUCCUCAGCAGCCGCUCCUGCUGCUCCUCGCAGCACCCCGGCUCGACCCCACGCUGGACCCUGACCCCAAGAGGUUUUCCUCACCCGGGACCGCUGGGUCGGGCUCCUGCCACGCCCCCGCCCCUCCUCAUGAGACCCCUGUUCGCAGUGGCCCCCGGGGACCGGGCGCUGUCUCUGGAGAGAUCUGGGGGCAGCAGGGUGUCAGUGACGACCGCUGCACGCUCUGGCCGAAGGAGACGGAGUGGAGCGGAUCCUGUGAAGACUGAACCCGGAGAGGGUGCGAGUCGGAGCCGCCGGGGCAUGCUAAGGGAUGGAGGGCAGCAGGGGCCUGGGACUGGCGCGCGGGACCCGGACAAAGCCACCCGCUUCCGGAUGGAGGAGCUGAGACUGACCAGCACCACGUUUGCGCUGACUGGAGACUCGGCACACAACCAGGCUAUGGUCCACUGGUCUGGCCACAACAGCAGCGUGAUUCUCAUUUUGACAAAGUUGUAUGACUAUAACCUUGGGAGCAUCACUGAGAGCUCACUUUGGAGGUCAACUGAUUAUGGGACAACCUAUGAAAAGCUGAAUGAUAAAGUGGGCUUGAAGACAAUUCUGAGCUAUCUCUAUGUAUGUCCGACAAACAAGCGUAAGAUUAUGUUACUCACGGACCCAGAGAUUGAGAGCAGUUUAUUGAUCAGCUCCGAUGAAGGGGCAACCUAUCAAAAGUACCGGCUCAACUUUUACAUCCAGAGUUUGCUCUUCCAUCCGAAGCAGGAAGACUGGAUCCUGGCAUACAGUCAAGACCAAAAGUUGUACAGCUCUGCUGAAUUUGGCAGAAGAUGGCAGCUUAUCCAGGAAUCCGUGGUUCCAAAUAGGUUCUACUGGUCUGUGAUGGGGUCGAGCAAAGAUCCAGACCUUGUGCAUCUUGAGGCCAGGACCAUAGAUGGACACUCGCAAUACCUAACUUGUCGGAUGCAAAACUGCACAGAAACCAACAGAAAUAAGCCUUUCCCAGGCUACAUUGACCCCGACUCCUUGAUUGUUCAGGAUGAUUAUGUGUUUGUUCAGCUGACAUCUGGAGGAAGACCACAUUACUACGUGUCCUACCGAAGAAGCACGUUUGCACAAAUGAAGCUCCCGAAAUACGCUUUGCCUAAGGACAUGCAUGUCAUUAGCACAGAUGAGAACCAAGUGUUUGCAGCCGUCCAAGAAUGGAACCAGAAUGACACGUACAACCUCUACAUCUCGGACACUCGUGGUGUGUACUUCACCCUGGCUUUGGAGAAUGUCCAGAGUAGCAGAGGACCUGAAGGCAAUGUCAUGAUUGACCUCUAUGAGGUAGCAGGGAUAAAGGGAAUGUUCUUGGCUAACAAGAAGAUUGACAACCAAGUGAAGACUUUCAUCACUUACAACAAAGGCAGAGACUGGCGUUUGCUGCAGGCUCCAGAUGCAGAUCUAAGAGGGGACCCUGUGCACUGUUUACUGCCUUAUUGCUCACUCCACCUUCAUCUCAAGGUCUCUGAGAAUCCCUACACCUCUGGGAUCAUUGCCAGCAGGGACACAGCCCCAAGUAUUAUAGUUGCUUCAGGUAAUAUAGGUUCUGAACUGUCAGACAGCGACAUCAGCAUGUUUGUCUCUUCAGACGCAGGGAACACUUGGAGACAGAUCUUUGAAGAAGAGCACAGUAUUUUGUACUUAGAUCAAGGUGGAGUCCUGGUUGCUAUGAAACACACAUCUCUCCCAAUUCGUCACCUUUGGUUGAGUUUUGAUGAAGGACGAUCUUGGAGUAAAUACAGUUUCACAUCCAUUCCACUUUUUGUGGAUGGAGUUCUGGGGGAGCCUGGAGAAGAGACACUAAUCAUGACAGUGUUUGGACAUUUCAGCCACCGCUCUGAAUGGCAGCUUGUCAAAGUGGAUUAUAAGUCCAUUUUUGAUAGACGCUGUGCUGAAGAAGACUACAGACCUUGGCAGUUGCACAGUCAGGGUGAAGCAUGCAUCAUGGGAGCCAAAAGGAUAUAUAAGAAGCGAAAAUCUGAGCGGAAGUGUAUGCAGGGAAAAUAUGCAGGAGCAAUGGAGUCUGAGCCUUGUGUUUGUACAGAGGCAGAUUUUGACUGUGACUAUGGCUAUGAGAGACAUAGUAAUGGGCAAUGCCUGCCAGCUUUUUGGUUCAACCCAUCCUCACUGUCAAAAGACUGCAGCGUGGGACAGAGCUACCUCAACAGCACGGGGUAUAGAAAAGUGGUCUCCAAUAACUGCACGGAUGGCGUGAGAGAGCAGUAUACUGCCAAACCACAGAAGUGCCCAGGGAAGGCCCCUCGAGGGCUCCGAAUCGUCACUGCAGACGGAAAACUGACAGCAGAACAAGGACACAAUGUCACGCUCAUGGUACAGUUAGAAGAGGGGGAUGUGCAGCGGACACUCAUCCAGGUGGACUUUGGAGAUGGCAUUGCAGUGUCUUAUGUCAACCUCAGCUCCAUGGAAGAUGGCAUCAAGCAUGUCUAUCAGAAUGUGGGCAUUUUCCGAGUGACCGUGCAGGUGGACAACAGUCUGGGGUCUGACAGCGCCGUCCUGUACUUACAUGUAACUUGUCCCCUGGAGCAUGUGCACCUGUCGCUCCCUUUCGUCACAACAAAGAACAAAGAGGUCAAUGCCACUGCAGUGCUCUGGCCCAGCCAAGUGGGCACUCUCACGUACGUGUGGUGGUACGGAAACAACACAGAGCCCUUAAUAACCUUGGAGGGAAGCAUAUCGUUCAAGUUUACUUCCGAAGGAAUGAAUACCAUCACAGUGCAGGUUUCAGCUGGGAAUGCCAUCCUGCAAGACACGAAGACCAUCGCAGUCUACGAGGAAUUCCGGUCUCUUCGCUUGGCCUUUUCUCCAAACUUGGAUGACUACAACCCUGACAUCCCCGAGUGGAGGAGGGACAUUAGCCGAGUCAUCAAAAAGUCUCUGGUGGAAGCCACAGGGAUUCCCAGCCAGCAUAUCCUGGUGGCGGUGUUACCUGGCUUACCCACCGCUGCUGAACUCUUUGUUUUGCCCUACCAAGAUGCAAACAGAGAAAACAAAAGGUCAACAGAGGACCUGGAGCAGAUAUCUGAAGUUCUAAUCCACAAACUCAACCAAAACUUGGUGCACUUCGAGCUGAAGCCUGGGGUCCAAGUUCUUGUCCACGCAGCCCACCUAACAGCAGCCCCCCUGGUGGACCUCACUCCAACCCACAGCGGAUCUGCCAUGCUGAUGUUGCUCUCGGUCGUGUUUGUGGGUCUGGCUGUAUUCGUCAUCUACAAGUUUAAAAGGAAGAUUCCGGGGAUUAAUGUUUAUGCCCAGAUGCAAAAUGAGAAAGAACAGGAGCUGAUCAGUCCAGUCAGUCACACUGAAAGCAGGCCCAGUGUCCCUCACCCUGACCUCAGGUGGCCUGGCCAGCUUGUAGAUGAGAAGGUGGAAUCACAGCACCUAGGAGAGUAGCUUUACCCUCCCCUCCCUCCCCUUCUUCUCAACCUGGUGACUCAUCUCUCCGAUUGCAAAGAUCAAGACAAGCCACUCCACCUUCAUCGCCAAAGCGGGGAUCUGCUGGGGCACAAUUUGCAAUCUAAGGAAAACCCCCAAAGACUACAGGAGACCUGCUGAUCAGAAAGAAUUGCGCUCUUGUCAAGUACAUCACCCUUCCUGACCACUAACUUUAUGUUUCUUUUUUUCUUCUGUUGUUGUUUCCUAUUUUGCCAGGAAGUAUUUCCAUAGUUGCUGAGAAUCAAAGCACAAAAGAAAUCCCUACCUAUGUAAAUGUUUGAGUGGAAGACGCCAGUAAAACAAACAAAAAUAAAAUAAAAACAAUCAAAAUCUAAACUAACAAAUAAACACUCACUGCAUCGGAAAUUUUAAAUCCUUCAGACACAGACAACAAGGGUUUUUAGCUUUAAGCUUGUGCAUGUGGACAAUACCUUGAGAACACGUUCGGAGGGGUGGUCUACAGGUGCUCUAUUUUAAUGGAAAACACUCCCCUCCCCUUCUUUCUCUUUUCUGAUCGGUCGUGUUUGUAGAAAAUUCAUAACAUAUAUAGGCCAAGGAAAUCUGCAUGUAUUUUUGGAAAUAUUCUUGGCUCUAGAUUUCACAGCUAUUUUAGCCCUACAGGCUGAUGGUGGAUUAGCCAUCUCCAGCCUUUUCACAAGACACAAAGACGCGCACAGGAGUUUGAAACCCUGAGCUGCUCCUCUGUUUUACUUGUUGGUAUUUUUCCUCUCUAAGUUAGUGUUAGAGGCUCUGUUGGUCAACGGUGACCUCAGGCUGAUUUCUUUUCAUUCUCUGUGGCCGCAGGAACAAAGAUCCUUCAUAAAGAUCCAUAUCCAUAUAGGCAGGUUCAGUAGAAGGGAGGCUGGGAAGCAGAGCAUAUCAGAAAUGGACCUCUGUUUCCUGCUCAGCUUUUCUCCUUGCCCCAAGUAAUGUAAAAAAAAAAAAAGUGGGAAAUUUUUUCCAGUACAUACUUGUUAUUCUGUUUGUUUGCUGUGUGUGGACAUGUUUCUCUUGAUGACUCUCAAUUUUUUUCUUUUUAUCCCCCAUUAUCUUUCAACAGCUCUCAUGUUUUCUCUUCAAAUGUGUUGCUAGAUUUUGGACAUUAAACCUGUUAAUUCCAAACACUGGCCUAGCCGAUGCCAACCCUGGCGCCUUCUCUCACAGGUCUUCAUCCUAUCAAUCUUCUACACUCCCACGCAUGCCAGCUUCCCUCACUCUGGCCAGGCUGCUGCAACCUGCCCAGCUGGCUUCAGUUACAUUUCCCCUUUUUCUCUUCCUCUAGAAUCUUCUUUUGCCAAAUACCUCUGUCUUUCCCACCUGGAAACAUAUACUUGUGUGUGAAAGAGUUGAUACACGCAAAGCAACCCAAAUCUGCCCAUAUACUUUGGAAAGUAAAACAUAUGAACAGUGAUGGUUUUCUGUGCAUUAACAAAAAUCUUAUGUGGUCUGAAUCUAGAAGAUUCUCAUGGGAAAUGUUUUUGAAUGUGUGACUAUAUUGCAGGGUACUAUGUUCUAUGAUAGUUGCUGUUAUCUGAUAUUUCCUCUCUAGAAUAACCAUGUUUAUAAAAUAAAGCUGAUUUUUUUAACCAGAAGGAGAAGUAGGUUAAUGGACUUACUACAUAAAAAUAUUGAAAAAAAAAGAUAAAAAAAAAUCAACCAGUCUUCUCUUUUGUCUGGAUGAGGCUUUGGCAGUUUAAGAUGAUCUCACUGAUUUCAUGUGUGCAAUUUUGAUCUUCAACUGCCAUGGUAUUUAUAAAGAAAAAAAUAAGUCAAUAUAAAAGAGGAAUAUCUGCUGACAGAAAAGUAAGGUUCACAAACCUCAGGGCCUUAAAAAAAAAGAAAAAAAAUCAGUUUCCUAAGAGAAAUCACGAAAGAAGACUCCCAGAAAGGAGUAGAGCGUAUGCCCCAAGGAGGUCUUUUCAUAUGACUGAAGCCUCCUUAUUUCUCUGCAUUAGACAGAGACUGCUCUUAAGUAAGGAUGAAAGACAUUGUAGUAAACCACUUUUAGAACCCAGCCUCUUUCUUGGCUGUGUCCCAAAGCCAACAACAGAGGAUUGGCAAGGACCCUGGUGUAUCCCAGUGAUCAGUAUGAUUUCUACCCUUGUGUGACCGGUUCAGUGAUCACAUGACCCCUGCACAUGUAUGGCCGAGGAAAGGGGAGAGUAGAAAAACUGUUGUCAGAGGUGAUUCAAGCAGAAAGCUUUAUGGUAGAAGAUGUCCGUGUGAUUGGGGCAGUAAAUUACGCCUGGGGACAAAUCAGCCCUCAACCUGCCAGGUUUCCUAUCUCAUAGGAAAAGUCUUCAUUGAUUCUCUUCAAUUGGAGUCUUCCAUAUUUAGUCUGGAAGACAAAGUAUUUGAAAACCAAAUCACAUUCAUUCAAACCAGCACAGGGAAUCCUCGGAGUUGCAGUUCAAAUUAUUCUAACUAGAAAUUUAUUAUUGAAAAAUGGAGACCACUCUUGAUUUAGUAAAGUGCCUUGCCUAGAAUAGUAUUGUGAAACAUAUUUCCUGGUGAAAUGAAGGUGAGUGAAUGAAGAGGCACAAGGAAGAAGGGGCUGUCAAUUUUCAUCUAAAAUAGAGACGGGCACGAGAUACCUGGCAUCCUGUAAAGUGACUGAAGCGGCCAGUGAUAGAUUCAGCCUCUCCUUGUGUGCCUCUCCUCAAAGUCCCCUCCCUCCUGUAGGUAACUGGUGAGGCAAGGAGACCUCAUAGUUCCUGUAACCUGGCCUCGUGGUUCUCAAAGUGUAAGGCUUAGGAUGACAGUAUCACUGUCACCAAUACUUGUUUGAAAUGUGGACUCAAACCAGGCUAAAACACACUCUGCUAUGUUGGAAAUUUGAACGGAUCGAUAGUAUCGGUUUCUGCUUAUGGGUCAGGUGCCCCAACAAUCUGUUUCCACAAGCCAUUCAGGUGAUUAUGAUACACACUCAAGUUUGAGAACUCCCAUACCAGGUCUUGCUGUAAAAUCCCAAGGAGAAAGUAACAUUGAGAACCUACAAGUGGGAGGGGCCCAAGUGCCUAUCUCUCACUAAUAGCAGCUGCAAGUACACUGAGGAGUCUGGUGAACUCAAGGCCAAAGGAGUGUGGAAGGAAUGCGUAGGAAGUAAGAUUCCAGGCAAGCUAAAAAAAAAAAAAAAAAAAAAAAAAAAGGAUACUGCAACAUUGCUUAAAAGCCCAGAGGGCAAACUGUGCACGAUGUACCCUGAACUACCCACCAACAUUUCCCCUUUGCCUUAUUCCUGAUUGGAUUCACUGUCCAAAUUGCAGAGGUUUGCUUUGAUUUUCUUUUCCAGAAGUUCCAAACAGCAACAUUGAAAGCAAUGGGGUGCUUGGCAGCUGUUCUGUGUUGCCCAGGAUUCCAACUAAGCACUGAAACCCCUCAUUUGCCAACUUAUUUUUAUAGGAAGCCAAUUUAAAAAUAAAAUGAAAGUUUUCUUAUAGUAUUGGAACUACUUCUAAUUUUAAAUGACUUUUUGAUGUAUUUUUUUGUUAAAUACUAUGUAGUGUAAUGUAUAAUUGCUCUUGUUUAUUGCUUUUACAAUCAUAUUUAUUAAACAGAUAAUGUCUCUAAAGUCUUGACCUC